ACUUCACUUAAAGACACAGUGAAGUGGAUGAGAAUGAUUCAGCCGUUACCAGACAGCAGGCUGCAGCAGGUAGCCAUGGAGACGGACCUCGCCUCAGCCUGGAGCUUUAAUUACUUUGAGCCUUGGUUGGGUCAGAACUGACAGCUGGUCUGUUAGAAUCUAGACAUCAGCUGUAAGAACUAAAGUACAGGUACUAUGACGAUAAGGAUGCUCGCAUUCAUGAUCAGCGUUUCUCUCCAGAACCAGCUCUGGUUCUGGAGAGAAACGCUGAUGUUCAGACCUUGGACCCGUGCUUUGUGCUCCUGUUCUGCUGGGGGAACCACGAGCACAUGUUUGGCCCCCACCACCACAAGUCUUAAUGAAAGCCAGUAAUCGCUUCCCUGCAGUCGCUGGGUUCACUGGGAUCAGAGAACAUUUCUCCAGUCAGACAAAACCUUUCUUCUCUGCCCAUGAAGCGAUGUUUGACUGACACCAAACGGCUCGAGAGUUAACACAUGGGAAACCUCUCAGGUCCUCGUUUUCUACUUCUGGCGCUGACUUUCUGCCUGAUGGUGGCGUCCUGCGUCCAUGCUGGAAAGAUCCUCGUCUUCCCGGUGGACGGCAGCCACUGGGUCAAUAUGAACCUGCUGAUCAGGAACCUCCACUCUCGGGGCCACGAGGUCACGGUGGUGCGCACGGCCUCCAGCUGGUACAUCCAGGACAGUGCAGCACAUUACCGCUCAGUCACUGUGACCCUGCCGGAGGCCAUCGCCAUCGAGGACAAGGACUUCUUCAUAACCUUCCUGACCAAGAUGCUGGAGAUCCGCAGACAGGGAGCGUCGCUGAUCGGCUUUGUGAACUUCUACUGGGAAAUCCUUGACUCCCUGUCCAGAAUCCACCAGCAGGCCAGCAUGUUGGGGGUGGAGAUGUUUGAAAACCACACUUUGAUGCAGAGCCUCCGAGACGCUGACUUUGACGUUGUGCUCCUGGACCCAGGUUUGCCUGUGGGGGUGCUGGUGGCCCAUGAGCUGAAGCUGCCCAUGGUGUUUAACGUGAGGUGGAUAACGAGCGGAGAAGCUCACUUCGUGGUGGCUCCCUCCCCGACGUCUUACGUUCCCGUGUCUGGACACGCUGUAACGGAUAAGAUGACAUUUGUGCAACGAGCCAUGAACCUGGUUCACUACAUCCUCAACUCGUGGCUUGACAGGUUUGUGGUGUGUCCUCACUAUGAGCGACUGGUGCACAGGUACUUCGGUCCAGACGUGAACUUCUACCAUCUUCUACAAGGGGCCGACCUGUGGCUCAUGAGGGCCGACUUCGUCUUUGAGUUCCCCCGGCCCACGAUGCCAAACGUCGCCUACAUCGGCGGGUUUCAGUGCAAACCUUCGGAGCCUCUGUCCUCAGAGCUGGAGGAGUUUGUGCGGAGCUCAGGGGAGCACGGCGUCGUCCUCAUGUCUCUGGGUACUCUGGUCCAAGGCCUGCCCACAGACAUCACCUCAGAGAUAGCCGCCGCCUUCGCUCAGCUGCCUCAGAAGGUCGUAUGGAGACACGUGGGGCAGCGUCCACGCAACCUGGGAAACAACACGGUGCUGGUGGACUGGAUGCCGCAGAACGACCUCCUGGGUCACCCACAGGUCAAAGCCUUUGUAGCCCAUGGCGGCACCAAUGGCAUCUACGAGUCCAUCUACCACGGAGUACCGAUCCUCGGCAUCCCGCUCCUGUUCGACCAGUUUGAGAACGUUCUAAGAAUCCAAGCGCGAGGAGCCGCUAAGAUGGUGGACGUGACCCAAGUCACCCGGCAGAACUUUCUGAAAGCCAUACAAGAGGUCCUUCACAACCCGUCCUACAGAGACAACAUGAAGCGCCUGUCGGCCCUCCACAGGGACAGACCCCAGCAUCCUCUGGACACGGCAGUGUUCUGGACCGAGUACGUGAUGAGACACAGAGGCGCCGCCCAUCUACGCAGUGAGUCCUACAGGAUGUCCUGGUUCUCCUUCUACUCUGUAGACGUCGUGUGCUUCCUGUUGGCUUCGGCAGCGGCGGUGGUGGGGCUGAUAUCGGUCCUGUGCUGUGGACUGUGGAGGAAGAGGAAACCCAAACAGGAUUAGGGUCAGAGCAGUCACUGAACAGCGGGGGUCAAAGGUCACACGUCUCCCGGUGCCAAGCAUGUUACCUGUUAAACCCAGAGCAGAGCAGCUCAUUUCCUUCUAGGAUCGUCCACAAAGAGUAUGUGUUGGUAUUUGUACCACACAGGACAGUUCUGGUCAUCAGAGAUCAGACUUUAGAAAACGCUAGAAAACAUGUUUGUGUCCUGAUCGUUGUGAAGCAGCAGAUGCAGAGCUGCUGUGGUUUUCCUGUUAUUUCUGAUCAAAGAGUAUCACGAUACCUCAUUAGCUCCGUCUUAUCUUUACAUCAGCAGCCGGAUUCAUCCUGAGCUGGAAGCUUGUACUUAUACACAGAGAAAUACUAGCGAUGUGUACUAAU